AGGAAAAAGCAAGAUGGCGUUCGAUGGAGAAGACGGUACCGUGUUUAUAAUUGUUAAGUGUUCUCAGCCAGUGCGUUCAUGUACACGCGCAUGUUGUUUAAUAAAGUAAAUAUCCUUCCUUUUUUUCCGGUGCCCGGAUACAUUAGUCUGAGCGCACUUCUCUUGCUAGUUAGCUUAGCUUGCUAGCAGCUAACAAAGAGACUCAAAGGUGAUCAACACGUCGCCGAGCAGAGAUCGAGUGUGAGCGUGGAAAUGUGUGAGAGAUCGAUAGCAGAGUGCGACGAGGAACCACUGGACGCCGUUUACAAGAAACGUCACAUUGCGUUACACGGAACAGACGUCCAGCAGACCCCCCAUGUUGAAGAAGAUCCACAUCCCCCUCAUGCAGAAGGGGAAGAGGAGGAUUCACAGAGCCCCCACUUUAAAGAGGAAGAGGAGGAGCUCUGGAUCACUCAGGAGGGAGAGUGUCUUCUAGGACAGGAGGAGGAUGAUCUCACCAAGUUUCCACUGACUGUUGUCUCUGUGAAGAUGGAAGAGUAUGAAGAGAAACCACCUGAGUCCUCACAGCUUCAUCACAGUCCAAACAUGCAGCAGCUGAUUGGUUAUCAAGAAGAACCUUCACCUCAGUUACUGGAGCAUCCACAGCCCCCCCACAUUAAAGAGGAAGAGGACACACUCUGGAUCACUCAGGAAGAAGAGUGUCUUUUAGGACAGGAGGAGGCGGACCUCACCCAUUUUCCACUGACUGUUGUCUGUGUGAAGACUGAAGACCCUGAAGACAAACUACCUGAGUCCUCACAGCUUCAUGGCAGUCCAAGUGAGGAGAACAGAGCCGUGGAACGUCCAAGCAGCAGCUCACCACAACACAUGACAACAGAGGCUGAGGGAGACCACUGUGAAAGCCUCUUAGCUCCAAUGUCAGAUAGUGACGACGCGUCAGACGUUAAUGCAAAUAUGGAACCACACAUAAAAACACAGGCAGGAGAAAAACCUUUCUGUUGUUCAGUUUGCGCAAAAGGCUUUUUGAAAAGCUCUCAUCUGAAGCAACACAUGCACACGCACACAGGAGAAAGGCCAUUCAGCUGUUCCGUUUGUCAUAAAAGAUUCUCUAACAAAAGUAACAGGCAAAACCACAUGAGAACGCACACAGGAGAAAAACCUUUCAGUUGUUCAGUUUGCAACAAAAGAUUCUCCAACAAAUGUAAUAUGGACAUACACCGCAUGAAAACGCACACGGGAGAAAAACCUUUCAGUUGUUCAGUGUGCGAUGAAAGAUUUUAUGACAAAUAUAACAUGCAGAUACACACGAGGAGACACACAGGAGAAGCUCCCUUUAUGUGUUCUGUUUGUGCAAAAAGCUUUAUUAGGAAAUAUAGUUUGACGCGCCACAUGCAGACGCACACUGAAGAGAAACCUUUCUGUUGCUCAGUUUGCGGUAAAGGAUUCUCCGUCAAAAAUACCAUGCAGAUACACAUGAGAAGACACACCGGAGAAAGACCUUUUAGUUGUUCAGUGUGCGAAAAGAGAUUCUUAUUAAGAAGCGACAUGAAAUCCCACAUGAGGAAACACACAGGCGAGCACCUCUAUAGUUGUUCGCUCUGUGCUAAAAGCUAUGUUAAAAAAUCUUUCUUGGUUCGACACAUGAGAGCGCACACAGGAGAAAAACCUUUCAGUUGUUCAGUGUGUGCUAAAAGAUACACCGACAAACGUCAUUUGCAAACACACUUGGGAACGCACACCGGAGAAUAACUUUUCCUUUUGGGAGUGCGGCAGAGUCCCUGCCGGUCUACUGCAGAGCUUCUCUAAAGUCUGGGUCUGUCCAGCGAAGCGCGUCAGUGCGGACCCGGCCAGGCCACUUUCUGGCAAAAUUCAAUGGCCAAAUCAACGUCAGAACCCGACACGUCGUCAAAAAGUGUGUCGUUCCAAUGUUACUUUUGACUUGCUCAACGUCAGGACCUAAUUCAACAAGUUGUUGUUGAAUUAACGUUGUUCCAAUGUCUUGUGCCUGUUGGGUAAGCUCAGCAAAUUGACUAAAGAAAAACUAUAUAUAUGCUCCAAUGAGACUUUGCACUUAUGUUUAUGUAAACAGCAAUAUGUAUUUCUUCACUAUUACCACGUGGCAGUAUAUGAUGUGCAAUAUAACGGUCUAGUAAGUACUGUGCCGUGUCACCAUUUCAUCACCUUAUCUUGUCAUCACAUGAACACAAUGUUGCCAUUAGAGAUGUCCGAUAAUGGCUUUUUUGCCGAUAUUCGGAUAUUGUCCAACUCUUAAUGACCGAUUCCGAUAUAAACUGAUACCGAUAUAUACAGUGGUGGAAUUAACACAUUAUUAUGCCUAAUUUUGUUGUGAUGCCCCACUGGAUGCAUUAAACAAUGUAACAAGGUUUUCCAAAAUAAAUCAACUCAAGUUAUGGAAAAAAGUGCCAACAUGGCACUGCCAUAUUUAUUAUUGAAGUCACAAAGUGCAUUAUUAUUCUUAACAUGCCUCAAAA